ACACUACUCUUCAUUGUUGUCAUGACCUAAAUAACAUUAGAAUUUUUAAAAGAAAAGAAAGAAUGCUCAAUGCUUAUAGAAAUCCAAUAUUUGUCUAUUACAACUUAUUUGACCUAUCAAGUAUAGCACAGUUUGCAGCUGUUGCUCCUUCCCCGUCGAAAGAUUUUCAUCACCUACUAAUAACAGCAGACGAAAUUAAAUGGAGAUGGUGGAAGAUAACAUCAAGAAAUGAUGGUGCAAAGUAUCAUCCAGGUGAAAGUGUUUCAACUUAUGAAGAAUUUGAACACGAUGAUCGUAUGCAAAAUGAAAUACUCAGAGUUAUGGGUCAAGAAACACUAGACUAUUGUUUAAAUCUAUGCUCUGGAAAAUUGGACUACUUAGUCAGAUUACCAUAUGAAAUCUUAGUAAAAAUAAUUUCCUAUUUAAAUCUGGAAGAUGUAAUCAAUCUAGGAGUUACAUCAAAAUUUCUAAAUCAGAUGUGUAAUAGUGAAUCAUUAUGGCGGGAAAUUUAUAUCGGUACAACAUCAGUGCAACCAAAUGAAGCUAUUGAAGAUUUAGCUAAACUAUUUGGAUGGAAGAAGUUAUUUUUCACCAGUAAAUUACAUCUUCAGGUACAAUUACGACGUCUUACUUUAGAAAAAAACGGUGAAAGUGGAGAUGGACAACUGAAUGUUCCACAUAACACUCAGUUACAUUGAGACGAUGUGAAGUGUGGAAAACAUUAGAAUAUAUAAACAUAUCACAAAAAUCUGUGAAAAGGAAUUAUGCAGCCAUGGAAAGGUGUCCAGUUGUUUUUACUAACUGUAUCACUUUACACUUGACUGAGACAGCUUAUAUUUGAAAAUUGUAUAAAAGUCUUUGCAAAAAAGUUGAAAAUCUUGGUACCUUGAAUCUGUUUCAUCCUGAAGUGUCUCCGUUCCCUAUUUGCUUCACAUUCUGUAAUGAUUAAAAAAAUGUGUACUGAAUGCACAAUGCAAAAAAGUUUUUUAACUUGAUGUUUCAUUUGAAUGCGCUAUACAAAGAAUCUUUUUGCAAAAGGUUUAGAAAACAAUCAAAUAUUCAGAAAACAGAAAG